AUGGCCCCCAACAUAGACAAAGAAGCGGAGCAUCUCCGAAACAAAGCGAGAAAAGAGCUCCUCGGAUUGCUUGAAGGCGUUCGCGGCAAAAAGAACUUGGUUAUUGGGAAGGAUCUGACUGGACUACUCAGCCUUUUUGUCCAAUUCCCGACGCUGAAGGAAUAUGGCGUGGACAAAGUCUUCGAACUUGAAAACAACAACACCGACUCAUCACAAAGAAAUGUGGUGUACCUUGUCCAUGGAGAAAAGGCUAGCUUGGUCCAGGCCGUAGCAGAGCAGAUCAAGAAACUGCAGAGAAAUGGCUCGGUCGAGCACGAAAUCUCUGUAUGUUGGGUGCCCAGGAGAACUCUAGUGUCCAACAGAGUCCUGGAGGAUGAGGGUAUUCUGGGAGAUGUCAAUGUCUCCGAGCUCCCAAUAUAUUUCCUACCUUUGGAAGACGACGUGCUCUCACUGGAGCUGGAGGAGUCAUUUAAUGACUUGUAUCUACGACGCGAUCCUUCUCCGCUAUUCCUUGCUUCGAAAGCCCUGAUGCAGAUUCAACAGCGACAUGGUCUGUUUCCGCGGAUAUUGGGCAAGGGGGACAACGCCAGACAACUUGCAAACCUUCUACUCCGGGGAAGAAAGGAGCUCGACGCCGACGAGGCUGCGACGCAAUAUACCAGCAUGCCGAGUACCUCGAUUGAGCAAGUGAUCAUAAUCGAUCGGGACGUCGAUUUUGCCACCGUCUUGUUGACCCAGUUGACAUACGAGGGCCUGAUUGAUGAAAUGGUCGGUAUCAAGCACAACCGUGCCGAAGUUGAUUCGGCCAUCGUCGGCGCGGCUCCCCAGCAGCGAUCGCAGACCAGUUCUUCCUCGACAUCUCCGCCUCCAGCCGUUCGCCAAGGUCUCAAGCGCAGGAUCCAGCUAGACUCAUCCGACUCGCUGUAUGAACAGUUGCGUUCCUCCAACUUUGCCUUGAUCGGGCCACAUCUGAACAAAAUAGCGAGACGUCUGGAAUCAGAGUACGAAGGUCGCCACACUGCUCGCGGCAUCAACGAGCUACGAGAUUUUGUCAAUAAACUGCCAGGCUUUCAACAGGAGCACCAGUCCCUGGCCAUUCACACUAAUCUUGCAGACGACAUGAGCAAGCACACUCGCUCUGAGACUUUUAACCGCGAACUGGAGGUACAGCAGAAUAUUGCAGCUGGAACAGAUCCGAUAUACCAACACGACACUAUUGAAGAGCUGAUCGCCCGAGAUACUCCCCUGUCUACCAUCCUCCGACUCCUCUGUCUCGAAUCGACAAUAGCUGGGGGUCUGCGCCCCAAGGACUUGGAGUCGUUCCGGCGCCAAAUCCUACACGCCUACGGCUUCCAACAUCUCCUGACCCUUGAUAAGUUACAGGUCAUGGAAUUACUCCAGCCCCGCUCAUCCAGUUCAGCUUUACUCCUCCCAGUCGGCGGCGCCGGGGCUUCGCCAGAAAAGGGCACGAAAACCAACUACGGCUAUCUUCGCAAAGAACUGAGGUUGAUUGUAGAUGAGUAUAAUGAACAGGACCCCGAGGACAUCGCAUACGUGUAUUCGGGCUACGCGCCCCUAAGCAUACGCAUUGUGCAGUGCAUUCUGCAGAAACAAUAUCUUCAAACCCUGCACAAGUCACCUUUGCCCCUUACGCCCUCUAGUACAGGAUGGACGGGCUUCGAAGACAUCCUGAAGUCUGCCAGGGGGCCAACCUUUAAUAUCGCACAGAAACCAGCGGAUGAGAAGGCAGCCAGGGCGAAAGCCGCACUUGCGGGCAAGGGAAAUUGGAAGACUCUCUUUGUCAUGUUCGUGGGCGGUAUUACCUUCACGGAAAUUGCAGCAUUGAGAUUUAUCGGACGGAGGUUGAUUGAAUCAGGACAGAGAAAGAAGAUUGUCAUUUGCACCACUGGCAUCAUUAGCGGGAGGAGCAUUAUGGAAGGUGUUAUUGAGAAAUCCAAUCUGGGGUCAGGAAUUGUUGCAGCCUGA